AUGAAAAGUCCAGAGCAUGUGCAUGAUGCACAAGGAAGUAUCGCAUCUCACAAAAAGGAAGUGGUAGAAGGCCGUGAGACGGCACUGAACAAUGUCACGGAUACGAGGUUGGGCGACUGCGACGUACAGUUGAUUGAUGAUUUGAACCGAAGACUGAAGUGGCUUUCCAAUCAGUUGAGCCCAGGACGAAGACCUUACCAUUUUGCGUUGCUCGCCAACCACUGGCUGAAUACAGAGACAUGGAUCGUUAUCGACCCUCCGACUCGGAUCUCCAUCGAUGCUCGACGGCGACUGGGAGAUCCAAGAUUCAACGAUCCAUACCCGGCGGUUGACUGGACGCCUCGGCCGAAGUAUCCCAAGACGCAGCGCAAGACGGCCAAUGUCCCAAAAAUCAAUUCCUGGAGAGCAGCUGUCAACCGGAAUCGAAAAGCAUGUGGAUUUGACGACGUCAUCAAGGGGGUUGAGCUCUUUGAAGGCUCAGCCGAUACUCCGCCUGAUGGCAAGGUCGACCCUGCAUGUUGGAUUCUUCGAAAACCUCCUCAGGGUUUUAGCAUAUCUUCUCGCCAGGGCACUGUGUUCUACGAGGGCGGCGCAGGCUGGCAAGAGACUUUGGACGAUUGGCAAAAGGUUCGCCGUGGCUAUCGAAUUCGGAAGGCAAUCCACGAAGGAAGGGUAAACCGAAAGAGGGCAAAGGAGAUCGCAUUGGGUAUCACCAGAUACUACCGGCUGAGUGUACCCAAGGUCUCCUGA